GGGGGAGGAGGAGGCUCUGGCGGAGUCGCACUAUCCUGGGCCUGUCUCCUGACUGUCACCUGCUGCAAGGGCAGCGCGCCCAGCAGCCUCGGCGAGGGCCUGUGACGUGCGAAUUAAGAUACCUCUAGCUGGGUUCGCGCACACCCAAAAUAGAAUUUCCGUUUUAGACGUCAUUCGGGACAUCUGUCAGUUUCCAAGGCGCGCAUAUGCUCCUUUCUGGCUCCAAAGCUCGUUCUAGGACGCAAAGGUUUAGAGGAGGGCUCACAGCUGGGGCCGGAGCUGCCGAUGGGAACUUUGAAAGGCUAGUAGGAAUUCCGAUUCAGCUCGAUACAAAUCCAAGAAUCGUGUUUUCUCGAACUCAUCAGACAGCUGCUGUUGCCAUUAGACCCGGCAAUUUACGGAGAGGCGGGGCCUCCGAGGCCUUGAAUAUAGGAGUGUCAUCCAAACAGUUAAGAAUGGAGCCAUACCAAGUGGACUAGGAUACACCUCCCCACCCCAACCUCCCGAUGGCAUCUGAGGCAGAGCCCCACCCCCUGGGCACAUUUGAGUGCCAGCUUUGUGCCUUAUCAGCUCCUUACAACUAUGUGGGGCAGAAGCCCCCAGACACCCAGGCUGUUGUCCUCCUGGAGGAGAGCUACAUCAUGAAGGAUCCCUUCUCCUCAGACAAGGCCAGGUUUCUGGUCCUCGGCUCUCGGUGCAGUGUGUGCGGCAGGCUGGUGUGUGUAGGCCCGGACUGCAGCCUGUUCUACUCCAAGAGGAUCUGCCUCCCCUGUGUUCAAGAGAACAUGAGUGCUUUCCCUCAGGAAAUCCAGCAGGAUGUGGAGAAGAGAAAGAGUACCAGCAAGAAGCGCUCCAGCCAUCCCUGACUGGCAGGGGCACAGCCCUCCUGCGAAGCAUCGGGCUGGGCUCCGCCAGGAUUCUGGCUGGGAGCUGUGGACCCGGUCUUCUCUGAACUGCGUGGAGUACCUCCAGCCUCAGAAGCUGAGGAACCGGCCAGGACCGAGGACAGACAGCAGGGGUGUGUGUAUCCAGCUGGAGCUCUAGGUCUCUGGCCUCUGGAGGCCAGGAGAGAGGGAGAGGGACCCCCUUCUCUCGACAGCUGACCCCCUGUAGAUGGUGACGUGGGAAGGCACCCAGCUUCUCUCCAGACUUCCAAAUAGCAUGACGUCAUCUGUCUAGGGGAUUCAGCCUCCGAGGGCCAGAGGGUAAGCAAGGGUCAGAUCACAUCCCUGUAACACCUCGGAAAUGACUUAAACCUUGACUCUGUAUCAUAUUUAUAAUUAAAAACCUGAAGG